UUCAAGAAUGCAUGACAGUAAUAAUGACAAUCCAUGACAUUCAUGAUUAUAAUUUCGUAAGAAUGGCUACACUGCCAACAGGGCACCUUCGAUCGAUGGGCUGCUGUCAACAAAUUAUGUGAAAAAUAUUCCCAAAAUAAAUCGUUUAGAGAAACGACGGUAACUUUCCUUGUAUUUCCUUAACAACAUCCUGAUUAAUGCGAUUGAAAGUGCCAGUUAAAUCCGAUCAUAUAUCGAAAACUGAUAGUGAAAGUUCUGUUGUGUUGGUUUCGGUUUGUUGAUAGUGACGGGGCUGGUUUCUAAAACAUAUGUCCGUGGCUUCCUAGCGAAUGUUACGUAAGGCGUGAUAGUGCGCGGUAUGUCGUGGAUGAAGCAGCGACAGGGCGCGCCUGUCCCGCCGCCCGCCUCUGACCAGCACCAGUAUGUGCCUCACGGGCAAGCGAGCAGCGCACAGACCCAUGGAAAUCAGCAGAAUAUGUAUCAAGGAUAUCAAAAUCCACCUGGAAAUCCACAGCAACAGUACUGGCCUGGGCAGCAACAGCCACUGCCACAACAGCAGCAGCAAUACAACCAGUAUGCUCAGGUGUACCAGCAGGACUAUCAGACCAACGCCAACCAGUUUUACCCUCCGCAAAACCAAUACAAUCAGAACUACAAUCAAUUCAACUCACAGCAGGGCUACCAGCAAAAUUACUAUCCUGACCACCAAGUACAACCACAGAGCUACCCUCAGAAAAAUACUGAUGGAUGGGAGGAUAAUUGGGAUUGGGGGUGGGAUGAGGCUUCAAAGCAAGCUCAAAAGCAAAAUGUGACAGCUCAACAGAAUCUAGCACAACAACAACAACAACAACAACAACAGCCACCACCACCUACCUUCCAUAAUGCUAAUGUGAUUGAGGAAAGUUUUGCAACAAACGAUACUUGGAACUGGACAGUUGAAGAAAAAAAAGAAGCACAAGAAAAAAAAGAUGCCCAACAGCGUGCGGCUAGAGUAGAUAACCAAAAUUUUCAUCCAUCCACAGCACAUGUACCAGAGCACAAUGUAGCUCUCAAACUUUUAGGGGACAGUAGUGCGCCUGAUGUAGAAUUUGGUGAUGAAGUAAUAAGACUUAGUGAUAAAGAUACAGUAAAAGAAAGAUUACCAAAUCUAGAAUUAGGCAAAAGAUUCAAAUUAGAUAAUUUAACUCCUCAAUGGUCAAUAGAGUCACAAAUGUCCCAAGAUUCUAGUGACGGACCUCAUACUCAUUCUGAGGGAACAUUUAGGAGUGAAAAUCAAUCUAGAAGUUCAAAUAAAAGUAGCCCGGGCCUAACCACAGAAAACUCUAACUUUAAUUACUCAUUCUCCGGGAUUGAGGGACAUCCUCCGUGGUCUAUAUCUGGUGAACCGACUCCACCAGAUAGUACCCAAAGUAAUAGUAGAAAAGGAAGUGAAGAUCGAAUUGUAAAGUCUAUGCAAGAAAUGAGUCUAGGUAAUCAUGAAAAUCCUGGUGUUGACCAAAAGACCCAUGCUACAUAUGAUAAUUUUCCAGUUCUGCAACCUCCUGCUACAGUUUUGCCUGCAGAGUCGAAUUCGGCACAUCAGCAUACACAGUCUGAAGCGAUGCCACCCCCUCCUCCUGUUUCAACUAAUUUACCUCCUCAGCCUACACUUAUGAAUUUCCCCCCUCCUUUAGCAUCUACCAAUUUGCCCCCCCCUUCAUCAACAAUUACUCUUCCUCGACCACCUUCAUCCUCCAGCAUGCAGCCUCGGCCGCUUUCAGCAAGCUCAUUACCACGCCCUUCAUCCUCGGCCUCAUCAACUGCUUCAGUUCCUUCAGCAAAUAUUUCUGGAAUUCUAUUACCUCCUCCGCCUCAGUUAAGUUUAGUUUCAAAUUCUAAUAAUUCUAUGACACCUCCUAUAUCUUCACAACCUCCACCUAAUUUGCCUCUACCGACUUCUUCGGCUAACCCGUUUAAAAACGCUGGUCCGUUUUCCCAUAAAUCAAUGACCAAACCACCAAAUGGACCACCUGUACAAUUUACAUCUCAACCAUCAAACACUAUUCUGACAUCACCAUCGGUAGUAAACAAAUUAUCGCAGCAAAGAACUCCGAUAGGCUUUGAGGCCAACUUAGAGACUACUCCAGACAAUUCCGAGAGACCUGAUCAACCACAAAUGUCUGCAUUUAGGGCUACGCCAGCGUCACAACACGUUCCUGAAAAUAUGGAGGUUGCCCCUCGCAGUGAUAGAAAUAAAUAUUUACAAACAGCGCAUCUUUCUAGUAGUGAUUAUGGAGAGAACACAGAUUUUAGUGGAAAUGCACCACCACCCGGACUGAGGAGGAUGGUCGUGGGGCAACAGGAAUCUGAAUACAGCCAAAACUUGAACAUUUCUGGUGAAGAGCCUCCACCAUCUUUUGCCCGAAUGGUCCCAGGGCAACAGAAUGAAGCCGAAAACGCUUACAAUCCACCAGGAGAAAAUUACAUGGAUCGUCACGGCGAUGGCCAGCCGACUGACAAUAGCAGUCGCCCUUACAGACAGGCAGACGGUCAGCAAACUCCUGAUAAUUACACACAGCCUCCUACUAGCAGAGCAAACGAAAGAAGACCAAUUGGCUUGGAUAGAAUGGUUCCAGGCGAGCCAAGCAACGACCAGUAUCAAGCUGGCAAUUAUCCUCAAUAUCAGGGAACAAACUACGCAGUUAGCGAACAAAGGAUCGUCACUGGCUUCGAUCACGAUUUUCAGUUACGGUUAGACGCUGGGCCUUCAGAUAUUAGAGAACAAAAUGUUGACGGAUCCGAUUAUUCUGAACAGGCGCUCAGAACACAGCCGAGGAACGUAAUAGGCGCCCGAGAAAGCAACGACAUGCCACCGGACUACGGAGCUCCACCUGAAGAACAACAGAGGGAAGUCACUAUGGAAGGAGAAAAUUUACAGGAUCUGAGCGUGAUAUCCUCAACGGAAAUGACAUUCUCGCGGGAACAGAUUCUCGACGGAGCCGACACUACACUGACCGAGGCUGCGUUGGACAGAAACACUGACGCUUCAGAUUCUAUCAACCAUCCGACGACCAGUUCUAGACGGCAAUCCUUAACCAGAGUCACGUCAGGAGAAGAUUCUGAAAGAGAUAGGACGUACAAAACCUCUCCAAGGAAAGACAAACACAAGCCUUCCAGGGAAAGGGACAAGGAAAAGGACAGGUAUAGUCGCGAUAGGAAGUACGAAAAAGAAGACCGGAGAGAUAAGAGCCGCAGAGACAAGGACCGCAGAGAGCGCGACGACAGCCCCGAGACCAGGAGGCACCGGCGCAGCGCCCGCAGCCGCCGCUACGAGACCGAGGACACCGACCACUACAGCGACCGGGAGCGCGAGCGGAGACGCAGGGAGGGCUCGUACACGUCGCGCCCUCCCCGCUCCGAGGACAAGGAGCGCGAGAGGUCGCGCCGCCACAACGCGUCGGAGCGAGACAGGAGACACGAGGACGAGUGGGAUAGCAGACACCGCUCCGACCGCCACCGCCGCUACCGCGACAUCGACCCCACCAAGAAGUACGGCAGCCUCAGGAGGCGCGACGACGACAGGAGGAGAGGUGAAACGUUCUCGUCACCGUCCCGACCGGACUCCCGCGAAGCGACAGUCACCGACGACGACGCCAACGUGACCCGUCGUCGAAGAAGACAACCGAGAGAUCCUUACUAUGAUGCGUACGGUGCGGACGGGUACACGGACGCGUACUCGCUGCAGCGGCGCCAGUACUCGUACUACGAGCAGCUGCGGCGCACCGACCCCGCCGCCUACCUGCGCGUCUACAAGCAGCUCGUGGCCGGACACGCGCCGCACUACCACGAGGCGUACUCCGGGCUGCCGUACGAGGGCCGCGGAGAGGGCGUGCACUCCGGCCGCUCCAGCGCCGCCGGACUCAAAGGACACGACACGUACUUCGGCGGGUACCGGCUCGACGGGCCGCACUCGCUGCGAGACGCGCCCUCGCUUCGCACAGACGCUUCAGACAGGGACAUAACGACGGAUGUGUCGUUGAACCUGCAUCUGGAAGAGUCGACCGUGCGCUCCGAGAGGAUGACCCCGGUGCUGUACUCCACGGCGCAUGUCAGGGCGAGCCUGGCGUCGCGGCACCUGGUGGUGGUGCGGCCGUGCUACCCGGUGGACGGGGCGGCGGCGCGCGUGCACGUGCUGGCGCUGGACGGGGCGCUGCACGGGGACCCCGACGCGGCCGAGCUGCUGCACUACCCCGGACCGCUUGUUAAAGGUGUGAGCCACAAGAAAAGCGUGAUCGAGUACUGCGAGAGCCAGGCGCGAGCGGGCGCCCCCCGCGACCCUCGUGGCCACGCGCUGCUGUGGGACUACCUGGCGCUGCUGCUCACGCAGAACGGGGUGGUGGUGGGGUCGGACUUGGCAGAGUUGCUGAUGAAGAACACCCGGGAGCACGAGGCGCCGGCCGCCAGCCCCGCGCCCCCCGGAAGUCGUCGCGAGUCCUCAGUGUCGGACCAGCACCCCGCCCCGGCGCCGCGGCCCGCGGCAGAGGACCCGCCGGCCCCGCCCGCCAUCGACGAGGCAGCCGCCCUCGACAAGUACAGGGAAUAUCUGUUGUGCGGCAACAGGAGGGACGCGCUAGAAUGGGCGGUGUCGAACAACCUGUGGGGGCACGCGCUGCACCUGGCGUCGCUGAGCGACCGGCGCACGCGCGCCGCCCUGUCCGCGCGCUUCCUGGGCGCCGUCCCCCGCGCCGACCCCCUGCACACGCUGUACGCCGCGCUCGCCGCCGCCCUGCCCCCCGCCGUGGCGCCCCCCCCGGGGGACCCGCCCGCCGACUGGCGCCCGCACUGCGCCGUGCUGCUCGCCAACGCGGGCGCGCGCCCCGACCACGAGCGCAGGCUCGUCACGCAGCUAGGAGACAGCCUCGCGGCCCGCGGACUGCUGUACUCAGCGCAGUUCUGUUACUUGGCGGCGGAGGUCCCGUUCUCGCAGCACCCGCUGGCGCCGCUGUCCGCCGGCCCGCGCCCCCCGCCCCCCCGCCUGUCCCUGCUGCUGGCCGACCCCCGCGCGCCCUCCCUGCAACAGUUCGCCACCAACAAGGCGAUCUUCGCUACAGAGAUCUACGAAUACGCUAAAUCAUUGAACCAGGACUACGUCAUACCGGAGCUGCAGGUUUACAAAUUGUUGAUAGCGGUUCGACUGACGGACUGCGGGCUGUACGAACGGGCACUGGGGUACACCGAGCGAGCCGCCCGCGCCGCUGCCCCCGCACCCCGCCUGGCUCGGGCGCUCGCCCUCCUCGCAGACAGGUUGAAGUACCACGACCCCGCUCUGCAAGACGACGCCCCCCUGGACGAGGGGGACAGCGGGGAGCCGUCCCCCCGCCACCAGCAGUGGAUCGAGGACGUCAAGAACAUCGCCAAUAUGACUGAGUGUGCGCGUCCGUGUGUGCAGCCCGAGCCGCUGACGCAGCCCGGCACGCCGCAGCACGCCGCGCCGCCCGGCCCGCCGCCGCCCUGGCCGGACCAGGCUCAUCAGUACCAGCAGCCGCACAUGCCCGGCUACCCCGAGCCCGUCGAGGAGACUCCCGACUACUCCGCGCAGUACUACACGCAGCCCCCGCCCCCGCCCCUACAGCCCCCUCACCUGCUGCCCCACGCCGAGCCCCACGACUCGGACCCUCCCGCCUACGCGGCGUACGGCGAGGACUGGCACCGCACCGAGGAGCACCACGCCCAGACAUACGCCGACCCCUACUGGCAGGGAGACGCCGCCGGAUAUGGAUACGGCGAUGCGGGAGACGAGCGGCCCCGCAUCAGGAUGCCGGGAGCCGCCUACUCCUACGAGGAGGACAACCAGCCCGCCGCCGAGGCGACCGAGCGGGACACGGACACGCCAGUGACGAAAACGAAAAAACAAGAAGAAAAACAAAAAGACGACCCAACCAAGAGCGACGGGAAGAAGGGCGGCGGCUGGCUCGGCGGGAUACUCACCAAGCUCUCGCUGCGGCCCCCCAACCAGAUGAUCCUGCCCGACGACAAGAACCCCACCAUCGUGUGGGACGAAGACAAGAAGCGGUGGCGCAAUCUCGACGGCGACGUGGACGAGAACGACCAGCCCCCUCCCCCGCCCCCCAAGAUGGCCGACAUCGUCUCGCAAAUUAGGAGUAUCUCCCCCCCGCUGCAACCCAACGGCGCCCCUCCCUCCGUCCCCCUCGCCGGCCCCCUCACGGCGCCGCCUUCCAAUAUAUUCAAGAUGCAGAAGGGACGACAUAUAAAGAACUCAUACGUGGACGUGUUUAACCCGGGGGGGACGGCGGCGCGCCCCCCGGCCCCCGCGCCCGCACCCCCGCCCCCGCCCGCGCCCGCCCCCUACAACAACUACUUCGUGCCGGCCCCCGCGCUGCAGAGCGGAGUCUACGAUCCCGCGCAAGCCGGCAGCGACGAGCAGUACCGCAGCGGCAUCUAGGCCUGCGCCCCCCGAGACAGUCGGCGCACGAGCGUUGGAGCCUCCAUAAACUUAUCUUAGUUGAACUUUGUAACGUCGGCGAGCCGGCCGCGCUCCGUGCCGGGUCGGGGUCGUGUCGUGUCGGGAUCGUGUCGUGUCGCUUCCAAUUCGCCUUCUUGGCUGAACGUCGGAGAUUUAACAAAUAUGUUUCGACGAUCGAUUUACAAAUGACCGCCACAUUCGAUUGUUUUAACUAAAAUGAGUUUGUGAGAUGCGAAUCGAACAGAACUGUGAAACUUAACGAGUUGUCGAACGAUCGAGUCAGAUCGAGAGAGCUAGCCGACUAACUCGACAUUAGUUGCGGCUUAGUGCCGAUUGUUGACACAUUUACACGGGCCAUAGACUUGAGAUGCACACUUUAAAACUCCGACAAGUAUAUGUCGUGGCGAGAGAAAAGAGGGCGUUGUUGUCCGCGGGCGCUAGUUUAAAGUCCAUCGCAGGAUACACAUUAACUUUCAUCGCACGAUCUUAAAUCUGUGGUCGCUGAGAAUGUUCUACCCUAAAAUUGUUCUAAAUCUGUAUGUUUAUGAAUAAUUGAAAUGGCAAAGGACCCUAGAUUUUGUAAAAUACAAAUGAAGUAUGGAGUUGUAGUUAUGUUGGACUAAACUAUGACGUGACAGCAGCUCAUAGCGUCACAAUAUUCCGCGAUGUAUGUUUAUGGUCGUUUGUACCGGACGCUUGUAGCGUAUUGUAAGGUAACUCAAUAGAAUUUUCCAUUCAAUGUAUAAUUCAAUUAAUUUAAUUAGGUCGAUGAGAAAUCGUAUUAUUAUUACUAUUAUUAUUAUUAAAUUCCUAUUCAAUAUUUUCUUUAUUUCUUUUCAUUGCAUAAUUAAGACGGUUGUAGAUUUUGGUUUAAUUUUAAUAAAUAAUAUUUUUGAAUAUGUAGUAUAGUUAUGUUAUCAAUGGAUGCAAUGAUCGGUUGGUGUUACUGCAGUCUUUUCUUUUCUUCUAUCAGCCCUUCGAGCGUAUCAACUUUUAUUGUUUCUUCCACAUCGGCGGCAGUAGCAGCUAGCAGUACGCUGUACCAUAGACAUAGACAAUAAACUCUAGAAUUCAACUGUCUUUAUCUGUCAGGUUUUGUAAAAAGUUUGCAUGUACAGAAUGACAAAUGAAAUAUGUAAAUUGUCGAAAUGCCUUAGUAAAUGUUAGUUAAAACCGUUUAAAGGUGUAUUUUUGUUUUAUUUUGUCUGUAUAUUUGCAAAGAACUAACGAAGAGAAGAAUUUGACAUCAUGGAAAUAUAUCGGAACUGUAUUAUAUAUAAAAACUUACGGGAAAAUAUUUAAUAUACUUAUGUUAUGUAUGCUUAUAUUUGUAGUUUUAUUAGACCAUUUUCUAAUAAUUUUAAUAUUUUACCUAUCUUAAUGAUUGUUGUGACAUGUACGGUUUCCUAAUUUACAAAUUGUUACAACACCACGUAGAACAUCGCCGGAAUUUGGUCAUAUUUAGAAAUGCCUGGUACUAAAGAACGGCUGUGUUCAGAUAACAUUAUUUCCCUGAGAUUUUUUUAUGUACUUAUUAUAGAACGAAUUUAAUAAGAGAGAAAUUUAACUAAAAUAAUAGUUUAAAAUAUAAUACAUCUCUGAAUUGGGAAGUCCUCCACCAUAUCACAUACCCAUUAUCCACCAUAAUCACAAAUAACAUAUUCCCACGAUAACUGGAGAAAAUGCAAAAUCGAUUUUUUUUCUAAUUUACUUAGCUUUUAAACACUAAUUACAUAUCGGUAAUGGUAGCACUAUUGACGCGUGUAUAACAAAUGAAAUCAAUAUUUAAUUGUAGUUUCGUUAUCUUCAAUUUCAAUUUCGAGAGCAGCAAUAAUCUGCAGCGCCGCGGCCGUCAGGACACCCACCACGUACGCCGCCAUCACCAGGGAGCACGCCAAUAAUGCUUUGUUCAUUAAUAAUAAUAUGUUAUGAUUGAGUCCACAAGUAGACAUUGAUAAGAUUUGACAACCAAUCAAAUUGUAAUAGAGAGCAAUAACUAGUCUCCGAUUCUCUUUGCAAGUUAUUGGUUUGUGUUUAUACUUCGUGAAAAAGGUUACAAUGAUACAAAUUAAUGUUGCGUUUAUAAAUUUCAAGGGUAUUUAAUUUAUAUACAUAAUUAUUGUUUAUAAUAGGUUAUAAAGCCGUACUAAUAUCGGGCGAUGCGACUACGGCAGCAACAGCUAUUAGGUAGGCACGAAUUUUCUAAUGAAAUGUGUACCUACUGUACUUUAUGUUCACGAAAAUACAUAGGUACUUGAUAAAUGUUCACGAGACUUCCAUAUCAAAGAAUUAUUAUAUCGUGAAAUAAAAUAAAUAUUCGCAAAAAUUGGCGGCAGGACGUCUUAUAAAUCCGGACGGGUAAGUAUCACUACUUUAGAUAUAGAAAUGUAAAUUAAUAAAAUAUUUUUUAUUCUUAUAAAAUAUAAUUGAGAUAAAACAAUUAAGUAGCAAAAACAGCACAAAUCUCUUUAAAACACGUUACCACUGUAAUUUAAUCGCCGCAUAAUCAUCGAAUCACGAAUGACAAUACUCGCACGCGACUAGCUCCUCGUGUCACGCGCCUGCUCCUACUCCGCGCCGCGCACUUUUAACGGUACCUACAUUGUCGAUUUUUCAACGAAAACGCGAUCCCAUUAUGUAGUUAUUUUGCUCACCAUGUUUUAAAUAUGUAUACCAAUCAAACCCACUGCAUAUAGACAUGUUUUCUCUGCUGAUGAAUUAUGAAAUCUUGCUGAUCAAAUAGUUAUUUUGUGGACUGAAUAUUUAUUAUUCAAGCUCAAGUUAUUGUAAGCUGCCUAUUUAUGAUUUAAUCUUUGACCUUUAUCAAAAAUAUUUCGGAACAAGGAUUGCUGCCUGAUUUUUUUAAUUGCAAACAAAAUUUUUGUAUGCUGGCCAAAUUAUUUCUAUGCUGUUUUUUUGUGGCUCACCAAAUUUUAUAAUUGCUAAACAUUUAAUUCUUCUCAUAUAAUUUUACAACUUUGGCUUAGUACACGAGGCAACGCAAAUCCAAUAAGAAAUGAUUACUUUAAUUUUAUAAAAAUAGGGUAAAACCCCCAGAAGUUAGCCCCGCACCAGUACUCAGCCUUUAUAGGUUUUAUUUUGGUAUAAAUAGUGUUGAAAUGGACUUACACCAUUGAAAUAACGUUUAAUCAAAUCUAUGUUCUCUUGUUGGUUACUGUGCACAUCUAAGAACCGAUAGCGUGACAGGUUGAUCCUCUUUACUCGUUCAUUUCCACUGCCGCCAACGAAAGGACAGGAUGUGUCACUUUUGCUAUUUUUUUCGUAAGGAAACGUGUUCGAGGUUUUGAGUUUCAUAAUGUCGAAACGACCAAUCCACCAGUACAAAGAAGAGCAGUUGUCAUAGGCUAUGGCCGCGAUCAGAAACGGGAUGAAGAUUAGAGAAGCUAGUCGAGUUUUUAGCGUACCACGAGGGACUCUAUAAGAUCGCCUGCAUUUAAGAGUCCCAGAAGCACCUCGUAAAAUGGGAUCAGACUUAGUACUUACCAAAGACGAAGAAACUGCCUUGAAAGACUGGUGCAUUGCUUUGGCAGAAUGUGGCUUCCCUUUAAAUGUGAUGAUCCUUUAUACCGUCCAUAAUAUUACUUCCCAAGAAAACAGACCUAACCCAUUUGUAAAUAAUAGGCCAGGGAAGAAAUGGAACUCAUUUCUUAAACGAAAUCCGGAGUUAAGAGAAUCAAAAUCGCUAUCGAUGUUUUAAACAGAGCAAAGAAUAUGGUCGGUACUGAAAGCCUAAAUUCUACAGUAAAUUCAAUUAGCCAGGCCGUCCAAAUCUAUACCUCAAGUUCUAUUGAUUCUAAAAAUAGCGUCAGAAUCAGUUGAAAUUCUUCAUGUUAGUUUUCCAAUUAUAGGGGAUUGCACAUUGGACAAUAAUUUCAUUAAUUUAACCGAAAGUGAAGUACCCUUAAAUGACUUCAAAUUCAUAACAGACUUUGAAGUCUUGCAAGAAAGUCAUGAAGUCCAGGAAACAGGAGCAUCUGAAUUUAAUACGCAAGAAGAUAUAAACUGCGCCGAAGCAUGUUCAUGAACCGAAAAAGAACGAAAUAUUGAUUAAAAAGCAGAAAAGAAUGAAAGCUAAAAAAAGACUGAAGAAGAAAGACAAAAGAAGGAAGAAGAAUUACAAAAAAGGAAAGCUCAAAAGUUUUUGAUGUCCAAAAAAGUAUAAGUAAGAAGAAAAGUACGACAUGCACAGUAAACAGAAUAAGAUGCGAUUCGUGUGAAGAGGAAUUGACUAAUGACACAGAUAUAAACGUCUUAAAAAAUAUUGGUUGUGACAAUUGUCUUGCGUGGUAUCAUUUAAAAUGUACUAUAUUUUCAAGUGAAGACUAUGAAAAUGUCUAUAAUAAAGAAUUUGUAUGUCCAACGUGCAAUAAUAAGUAAAAGGCUGACUAUUGGGUAAGACAUGGCUGACUUGUGGAGAAAUGAGGCUGACUACCGGUAAAAAGUGCCAUAUUUUGUUUAAUAUUGAUUUUUUAUAUAAUUCUAACAAAUUAAAAAAAAAUUGUAUCUCUUUAGUAAAAAUAAUAAACAAACUUUCUGUAAAAAA